AUGAAAUUAGAUUCGAAAUGUAAUUCAAAGCCUCAUAGAAAACAUUCUCAACAUGUCUCUCGUGGUCAAACUAUGCAGUUGUCUGCUUGUAAUCGAAUUCCUAGAGACAAUAUUGGAGUGAGGUUGAACACUUUAAUUGAGAGUGGGAAGGAGUUUUCGAGCACAUCAACAAAGAAGACUUUUAAUAAAAUAAUAUUCAAUGUUUUAAGAAGACUAUUUACAAUGCGAUAUCAGUGUAAUGUACAUGCAUAA